AUGGCUGGCUCCUUAGGGGGAGGGAGGCCUUCGAAGAAGUGGGUCGCCUCUUCUGCCAGCCCGCUCCUGCCUCCCGCCCUCGAUCAGCUUUGUCCUCAAAGAGCGCCCUCCCUUCUGUCUCCCUUUCCCUUCCCUCGGCCUCUGUCUCCCCUGGGUUCGGUACUCGUUCCCUACUCCUAGGACUGGGCCUCCAAAAUGAUGCUAAGUCCGGACCAAGCCGCCGACUCGGAUCACCCCAGCUCUGCACCCUCGGACCCCGAGUCGCUGGGCGGACCGGACGCUAAAGUGCUGGGCAGCGUGUCGGACCUGGAGCCAGUAGAAGAGAGCGAGGCUGAUGGCAAGGGCGGCAGCCGAGCCGCGCUCUACCCGCACCCGCAGCAGCUGAGCCGCGAGGAGAAGCGGCGGCGCCGCCGGGCCACUGCCAAGUACCGCUCGGCCCAUGCCACCCGGGAGCGCAUUCGCGUGGAGGCCUUCAACCUGGCCUUCGCCGAGCUCAGGAAACUGCUGCCCACCCUACCCCCGGACAAAAAGCUCUCCAAGAUCGAGAUCCUGCGCCUGGCCAUCUGCUACAUCUCUUAUCUCAACCAUGUGCUAGACGUGUAG